AUGGGUUUCUUCAACUACCCAUGGCUGGAUCUAUCCCUUUUCCUCAUCCUUUUCAUUUCCUACAUCUUCACUUUAAUAGGGAACAUUGCUAUCAUCCUUGUCUCUCAACUUGAUACGCAACUUCACAGUCCAAUGUAUUUUUUCCUCACUAAUCUCUCUUUUCUGGAUGUCUGUUUCACCACAACUACUGUGCCCCAGAUGCUGGUCAAUUUAGGAGGUCCAAACAAAACAAUUACUUAUGUGGGCUGUGUAGCUCAAGUCUAUGUGUUUCAGUGGCUAGGAUGUACUGAAUGUGUCCUUCUAGGCAUGAUGGCCUUGGAUCGCUAUGUGGCUGUCUGUGAACCUCUGAGAUACUCUGUUAUCAUGCAUGAUCAGUUCUGCCUACAAUUGGUCACCACUGCCUGGCUUAUAGGUUUGGCCAAUUCAUUGCUGCAGUCCACGCUCACAAUCCAGCUACCCCUGUGUGAUCACAGAGCACUGGACCAUUUCUUUUGUGAAUUGCCCAGUCUCCUUAAAAUGGCUUGUGUAGACACCACAGUCAAUGAGAUUACCUUGGCAUUGGUUGCCACCUUCUUGGUUUUUGGUCCUCUUUCCAUGAUCUUCAUCUCUUACUGCUACAUUAUUCAAGCUGUGCUUAGAAUCCCCUCUGCUGAUGGAAGGAACAAGACCUUCAAUACCUGCUCUUCACACCUAUUAGUAGUGUUUCUUUUUUAUGGUCCUGGCAUCUACAUCUAUAUGCAGCCUUCAGGAAGUGGUUCUCAAGAUUUGUCCAAGUUCUUGACUCUUUUACUGUGUCAUCACCCCCUUGGCUAA